GUGAAUGGGGCUUUCUAUUGCAGAAGCAGUUUUAGCCUAUCUUCAUACGGUACUGUCUUUGGUGCACCCGCUUUCAACUUGUGAAAAACAUCUAGCAAACGUUUUGGAAGAGGUGUUCAAAGACUGAAGUAACUACUUUAGCUAGAUAAUCAACAUAUAUGGCUCGUAAUGCAGAGAAGGCCAUGACGGCCUUGGCCCGGUUCAGAAAUGCUCAGCUGGAGGAGGGCAAAGUCAGGGAGAGGAGACCGUUCCUGGCCUCAGAAUGUACUGAGCUGCCUAAAGCAGAGAAGUGGAGACGACAGAUUAUCAGUGAGAUCUCCAAGAAAGUUGCUCAGAUUCAAAAUGCUGGUCUGGGAGAGUUUAAGAUCCGGGACCUGAACGAUGAGAUCAAUAAGUUGCUGAGAGAGAAAGGUCACUGGGAGGUCAGGAUCAAGGAGCUGGGAGGACCUGACUACGGGAGAGUGGGACCAAAGAUGCUGGACCAUGAAGGGAAGGAGGUCCCAGGAAACAGAGGAUAUAAAUACUUUGGAGCAGCUAAAGACCUGCCUGGAGUCAGAGAGCUGUUUGAGAAAGAACCCAUCCCUCCCCCCAGGAAGAGCAGAGCGGAGCUAAUGAAGGACAUCGAUGCUGAGUACUACGGAUACAGAGAUGAGGAUGAUGGGGCGCUGGUCCCUCUGGAGCAAGAGUACGAAAAAGAAGUGAUAUUGAAGGCAGUGGAGAAAUGGAAAACGGAGAGAGAAGCGCGUCUUGCAGGAGGAAGAGAGGAGGUCGAGGAAGAGGAGGAACAUAUGUAUGCUGUAAAGGAGGAUGAGCAUUCAGAUGACGAGACUAGAGAACAGAUGGAAGGAGAGGAUGGAACUCUCACAUCCUUUAUCGCUCACGUUCCUGUGCCGUCUCAGAAAGAGAUUGAGGAGGCGUUGGUGAGAAGGAAGAAGAUGGAGCUCCUUCAGAAGUACGCCAGUGAGACCCUGAUGGCCCAAAGUGAGGAGGCCAAGACACUACUGGGGCUGUAGUGGAGAGAUGGAGAUCUAGGACUGAAUAGGCUGUAGUGGAGAGAGGGAGGAGAGAUCUAUCUAUAGGUCUAGGGCUGAAGGACUGUAUUAAUGUUGGGAUGAGGUGUCAUGGCCUGCUUUUCCCAGACUAUAUAACCAGCUCCUUCUUAUUCUUAGUGCUAGUACUAAACUAAUCAGAGAUUUGGCUGUAGCAGGAACAGACCUGGGACCAGGUUAGUCAUGUGAAUGGGAUAAUGUCUUGUUUGGUCUGUUGGAGGUACAGAACCACAUUGUGUUAUAUCAUGAUGUAAUGUUACAAGCCUUGUAAAUAAAUAACUUUUUUUUUUACAAUUUUACAUUUUCCGAAGUAAACUCUAUUUUCAUCUGAAUAAA